UCACAGCCUCACACGGCACACAGACAAACAGAACACCAUCGAGGGGCGGCUAUUCGCCAGCGUCUGAACGACACUACCGCUGUACCGGCGCUACUGUGGCGUCAACAGCUGUACUUCGAGAAGGCAAUUAACUAUCAAGGUUUUCGGGCAUCCUUCGCUUCGACGCACGCAUCCGGCGGGCGCCGCGGAAAUCUCCGCACACAGGAGCAGUUUCUAUUUCCUUGUUCUGGGCGCUGCCAGGCGACCAGAAAGGCGGCGAAAGGAGCCGGGGGGGGGAGGGGAGGGAGAGGGAUUACGGGAAUUGCGUGGGGCAGGACUGUGAAAGACACGCACGCAGAGAGACAGAGAGACCUCCGCGNCAGCACUGUGAGAGACACGCACGCAGAGAGACAGAGAGACCUCCGCGGCGCCAACGACUGUUGCUACGUCUAGCAGCACCCUGCCGCCGGAAAAAGAGGAGGGGUGCGGGGCGCGUGUGCGAGAAAAGAAAAGAGAAACAGCCUGUCCACGAUAUUCCCGACCUACAAUAUCCGGGUCCGGGGGCAGGAGUGGAACACCCUCCCCCGGGCACUAAGCUAGUAGUACCAUGUCGAGUAAUAGGACCAUGUCUAGGAGGGUGCUGAAGGAGAGAAUGUCUUCCUUUGGCUCUGAAGGCGGGGGCAGCCAUGGAGAAAGGAGACGGAGACGGGCGGCGGCUAGAAUAGAGUUUGCUGACCCUUUUGCAGCCGGGGGGGGCGAUUGUUCUCCUUCUUCUGCUGCUGCUGCUGCUGCUGCUGCUGCUUCUCGGGCGGUGCUGGACAUCGGUGACGUGGACGAUGAACUCUACGCGUUGGUGGACCAGAAGUCCUCGGGCGAGAUCGGAGAAGCGGAGUUCAAGGCGGGACUGUACCGUCUGCUGGACAUCAAGCACGCCCGAAGCGUCGCUCUUAGCCAGAAGGAAUCAGAGGAGCGCCGACGCCGCAUGACCAGCGACAAGGACGGGCGCCGGCAGCACCAUAAUAAUCAUUAUCAUCAUCAGCAGCACGCCGAUACCGUACACCACCACCAUCGGAGGAGGCCGAACAAGAAGGAGGUUAUCCUCCGCACCUCGUCGUGGGCGGCCGGCACCACCGAUGCCACUAAGGAGGAGCGCCGGGCGAGGCUUAGAGAAGCACGGGCGGCGGCAGCAGCAGCAGCAGCAGCAGCGGAACUCGACGAAAGCAACAGGCUUGCCUCCACGACCACAACAACAAAGGCAGCAGCAGCAGCGGCAGCAGCAGCAGGGUUGAGAAGGUCGCCGCCGCCGGCAAGCCGGGGGUGUGAAGGCGGCGGGGAGGCGUGUGCGGGGGGGAGGGGGUUAGAUGGGGAGCAGCUGGCGGGCGGAGACGGUGGUCGUGUCUCUGGCGGCGGUGGGUCCGGGGGGGGAGGGGCGGUGGACAGCUUGCCCCGGCCAUCAGAGCAACAGCAGCAGCAGCAGUGCCUGCAACGGAAAGGUAGCGGCAGUUCCCGUGGCACCAGCAGCCGAGAAGGUGGAGGGUUUGGCGCCGGGGUUCCGAAGCGGAGGGAGGAGGAACGCGACGCUUGUUGUGAAAGGGACGGCAGCACGGCGGCCGGAAUCAUCAGCAAAAGCCACGUUCUGGCGGAAGAGCAGCAGCAGCGGCAGCAGCAGCAGCAGCAACAGCAGCAGCAGCAGCAACGACGACGACGACAACAAGGAGAGUCCCGACGACAACAACAGCCGACGGUCGGGCCCGCGACGUCCACUGGUUUCGGAGACACGGCCGUCGCCGCAGAAUUCGACCCACUACCACCAGCAACAGCAGCAACGGUAGCCCGAGGCAUUAAAAACGCACGAGGGGUGAACGGCCAGCACGCCUGUAGCGAAGGUGCCGAAGAAGCGUUUGGAGGUUCCUCCGCGGGGCGGCGGAAUUCGGACGGGCGCGCCGAUUCGGGGGGGGUUAGCGGGGAAACCGCGGGAGGAUCCGCCGCGGUUGUCGUGACAGCGGCGACGGUGGAGGGAGGGGGUUCUGGGAGACCCGGCGCCGCUGCCGUGAGGCCACCAGGGCGACAGCGGGCGGGAGACGGGCGAGCCGCCAGCCUCGGAAGCAACGGGGCCGAUUCGGAGCAAGGAAUGGCAUCUAAACCUCCAAAGACGGCGGGAUGCAGUUGCUCCAUAUCAUGACGGGAGAACACGAAAGAUGUACCGUGGGUGGCAUAAGAUAUCACACCCCCUAGACCGAUUUUCGAGGCUCGAUUACUCCACGACGAGGAGGAUGCCGAAAUUGAAGCAUGCGCUUUCGGAAAGCGAUCUCCCGACGAGAAGGUCCCAACGCCCGCCAUUUUCGGCACCGCCACUGUUUUUGUUGUCGAGAUAUCGCGCUUCGAAAAUCUGUACAAAAGGGGGGGUGAUAUCUCGCGCAACCUACGGAAGAUUAGAGAAGGCUGCUUGUUUUCUGUUUGUGUCUGUGGUUUUUGUCCACCCUGCCCUCGUUUGAUGUUGGGCUGAAAAGGCGGGAGACGAUAUCGAUAGCAUAGAUAAGCUAGGUGACUUUUUGUUGAGCCACCUUUGGCAGCGUGUAGGGAUGAUUGGCCGUCGGUGAUGGGUCCUGUGGAAACAAUGCUCCGCAGGGCGCGUGGUCUAUGAUCCAAGACGCGAAGGCGUGCAAAACAUAAGCACGCCUGAAUAGUGAGACUCUUUGUAUUGUUAAUUUCUUUGGAUAAAUGGGUGUUUUGUUGUGUGCUUUUGGGGCUAGUCUCUGUUGCCGUUUGAAUAGACAUUUAUGUGCUGCUUCUCCGCCCCGAAAGAAGAGCGUGGA